AUGUCUUGGAAGACCUUGCUCACGCUGGCUCUUGCCAGCUACGCGGCCGCCUGCUCGCACCACAAUGACGGCGAGGUCGUGCCAGAACACGAACGGGCCGAACUACUCAAGAAAUGGGAUCAGGAAUGGUCGUUCUCUGGAAUUGCCAGUUUCGCCCACUUGAAGCCUGUCAAGUGUCUCAUCGAGCCGGAUGAACACUAUGACAUUGCUGUUAUCGGUGCGCCGUUUGAUACCGCUGUCAGCUACCGCCCUGGCGCUCGCUUCGGCCCACGCGCCAUCCGCGCCGCCAGCGCCCGCCAGAUGGCAGCAACGAGCUACAACACCCGGGCCGGAAUAAACCCCUACAAGUCCUGGGCAAAGAUAACCGACUGCGGCGACAUCCCGAUUACACCCUUCGACAACGGGCUCGCUGAACGGCAAAUGUACGAAGCCUUCCUAGAACUAGGCUCUCGCAAGAUCGUCAACAAAGCGCCCAAAGCCAACACAGGCAUCGGAGCCACACACCCCAAGCUCGUAACCCUCGGCGGCGACCACAGCGUCGCCCUGCCCGCCCUCCGAGCCCUGUACCAGAUCUACCAGAAGCCCAUCACAGUGCUGCACUUCGACGCGCACCUUGAUACCUGGAACCCCGUGCGGUAUAGUGCCUACUGGCAGAGCGAACAGACACAAUUCAACCACGGGUCCUUCUUCCACAAGGCUAGUCGCGAGGGCCUAAUCUGCAAUGCGACAAGUGCGCAUGCGGGUCUGCGGACGCGGCUGACUGGUGUUGAUGCUGGUGAUUAUACGAACCCGGGACCUGAGCAGGGCUUUAUUCGGAUUCAUGCGGAUGAUAUCGAUGAGCUGGGUCCUAUGGGAGUUGUUGAGACUAUUAUUGCGCGCACUGGGAUUGAUGCGGAGCAGCCUGUUUAUCUUUCUGUUGAUAUUGAUGUGUUGGAUCCUUCUACUGCUCCUGGAACGGGGACGCCUGAGCCUGGUGGUUGGACGACGCGCGAGUUUAUUCGCAUUCUGCGCGGGCUUGAGAAGUUGAAUGUUGUUGGUGCGGAUAUUGUGGAGGUUUCGCCGGCUUAUGAUAAUAAGGGGGAGACUACUGCUCUUGCGGCGGCGCAGGUUGCUUUUGAGAUUAUUACUAGUCUUGUUAAGGCUGGUGUUGAUGAGGAGCUUGGGGGUUGGUAUGGGUGGAAGGAGCAGCUUGAGGGUGUUGAGGCUGAGAAGGUUGCUAAGGAUGAGCUUUGA